GAUGGACAUUUCAACAAAUUCUAGAAUGUACUAAGGACAGAAACAGUGAUUUGUCUGAAGAAUUUGGCUGAAAAGACAUUUUUCACUUCAGGUCAAUGUCCGCUUAUGACCUCUGACCUUACAGUUCGAGUUACCGGCAAGAUGGCGGAAUGUUUGGCAGAAUGUAUGGAAAACAGCACCCUGCAAGUGGAACUAGAAAUCCUGGAGUCUAUUUACCUGGAUGAGCUACUAGUAGAGCAUGGGGACAGUGGCAGUCCCAGUAGAGUGGAGAUCACCAUCCACCCUGCAACAGCAGAUAAUGUGGAGGCACAGUUUGUACGACUCACCCUGUCCAUCACGUUACCUAGAGAGUAUCCCCAGGAGUUACCCAGUCUGGCUAUCCAGAACCCACGUGGUCUGUCGGAACUACAAGUCAACAGUCUCUACAAGAGCCUUCAACAUCUGGCUCAAGAGAGACAAGGGGAGUCUAUGUUGUAUGAAAUCAUAGAGUUUGCCAAAGACAGUCUGACUCACAACAACCUGCCAAGCUGUGAGUGUGCCAUCUGCCUAUACCCCUUCAAUGAGAUGGAUGAUUUCACCAAGACAGAGUGCUACCACUACUUCCACUGCCACUGCCUGGGGCGAUAUAUCCAGCACACCUUAGACCAGGAGCCAGAAAUCAAAGGACCAGUGGAUCCUGGGAGGGUAGAGACACCUCAGAACGAGGUUGUGUGCCCAAUGUGCCGGGAGCCAAUCAACUAUGACCUAGAUGGACUGCUCUCUGCAAAACCUCCUGCGAUCAAUGAGGAUGAGUACAAACCAGACAAAGCCAUGAUGAGGUGGCAGGCUGACAUGGCCAGGGUCUACAAGAAACAGCAGUCACAGGGAGGAAUCAUAGACAUCGAGGCAGAGAAGAACAAGUUCUUCAUUAAGUUAGAGACUCCACGCCCAGAGGGAGAUUCUACGCCAGACGUCGCUUCCGAUGGCACGGAGCGAACCCCAGAGGACCCUACCGGUACUGAUGCAGAGGGAGAAAUGGCUGGGAUUGGGGUAAUGGCAACAGUUAAAACUGCAGGGAUAAGUAAAGCUGGUAAUGGAGACAAGGGUGCCACGGGGACAGACAUCACAAAAACGGCGCGGUCGUUGGACCGUAAGCCGCGUUCGGCUGGAUCCGUGCCCGGAGACGGGAAGAGCGCGGGGAUUGCGCGGGAAAUGGAAAAGGAUCAACGACGGAGACCCGAAGGUGAACGAAAGGUCAGGUCAGCCGGGAGGGGGAGGGGGGCAGGGAGGUACCAAGGGAGACGUGAAAAUCCUCGAGACGGAUGGAGGGAUAGGAGUAAAGGAGGGGACAGAAGACAGUACAGAGAAGGAAGGAAGAGCCCAAGAGAUGGAGAGAAGGUGAAGAUAGAAGUAAAAGAACGACAGAAAAGAGAGAAUGAGGAGGAAAAGCAAACCGUAAUCAAAGAACCUACAGGCAAAAGAGAUGAGGAUAGAUUCGAUGAACCACAAGAGACGGGAAAAAAAGGAAACAGCAAAACUGAUGGCAGUGAGUCCGCCAAGCCUGAACAAAGCAUCUCAUUCGUACACAAAGGCUCAGAUCAGUCAACCAGGUCGGAUAGACAAAGGGGUUAUGUACGGUCACAGCCUGGCAGCCAAUCACAGCUUAGAGAUGGAGAUGAGGCUGAUAAGAAGAAGUACAUCAGUACCAGUGAUAGACGGGAGCAACAAGGAAAGGAGUACUUUAGAUCCAAUGAUAAAAGGGAGCAACAAAGGAAGACUUAUCAAAAUGGGCUUCCUGCGUCUAGGAAUGAACAAAGGACCAUCAUAUCCGAUUCCUCACAGGGGCAUAGCGAAAGGUAUCACAAUCAACAACAUAGAGGCGACAAUCACCCAAAGAAGACCCAAAACCGCACAAGGCAACGAGACUUCCAACGACAGAACCCUGGUAGCCAGUCUGGAGGUAGAAGGGCUGACGACAAAAUAAAAAGUGAUAAAGGGAACGCAACGGUUGAGAAGAAACGGACUCAACCACACCAACAGGGUAUAAGAAAUGAGAAGGAUGACGGAAAAUGGAAGAAAUCGGAUCAUUCGGCUGCGAAGGAAGAUGCAUGUGAAGCCAGAACUGUGACUAACGAUAAAACGCGUGAUAUAAGCCCGCUGGGGCCCCCGCCUGGGUUUGAGAAAACCAAUCACAAGAAGGGUUUCACUAGGCCCCCACCCGGAUUCGAUGACUUCAGAUGACAAACACUGAGACAGUCCCUGUACAUCAGAUACGGUUAGAACCCUGUAGAGACUGAGGUAGUGCAUUAGUGGAUCAAUACCAACUCUCUGUCCGUCUACUCUCUCUUAGGCCUAGGAAAAAAAAGUUUUGUUUCCUGUUUUAGUCCAGAAACAAUUAGGGUCAGUAGGUUUUUUUCUAACUUGUAAUUUUUUUAGGCUGGCCAAAACUCUUGUGAUACAUAUUAGUUACUGUGGAGUUAAACUAAAAUGCAUGAGGAUACUUGUCUUUCAAUGUCAAACUUUAAUUUUGUGAAUUUUUAAAUUACAAAGUACAUUUAUCAUUCAUGAGAGAUAAGCAGUGUUUUUUUGUUUUUUUUUACUUCAAUGGGAAGCAGGCUGAUUACAAAUUCUAACUGGAAGCUAUGUGACUCCACUGCCCAACCCAAAAAAAGUCUAGGGUCGGCAGGUUUUUCUAGGGUAGGUAAGGAAACAAGAAACACAACAUUUUUUUCUUAGGCCUUACAGAUGGAAUGAUGUGAGCAAUAUUAAUAGAAAAAACUGUUUAAAACAAGACUGUAGUCAGAAUGAUAAUUCUAAGAUGAUUAUGUUGAUUUAUAUAACUUGCAACAAUUUGGGAAAUUUUACUGGAAUGUUAACGAAUACUGAUUGAAUUACUAAUCUUUAAAUGGCUUAUACUGAUUUUUUUUCAAUACUGCCUUUCUGAAUAUAUUAGUUUUCUCCUAAAAAUUUAGUGUACACCAAAAAUGAAAAGGAAAUUUACAUACACAGUUCAUACAGCAAAAUGUUGUUCUAUGCAUUAUUAUGCUUAAAUGGAAAUAUAUCAUUCUUAAAUCAAUACAAACUCUACUUAGUCUUGUAUUUAUUGUACCAUAUAGUCAUAUGUUACGGUACGUAUGCAUUCUGUGCUAUAGUGAUGGACUGAAAAGCAAGACUACUGUAUACCAUACAAGUUGAAUUUUCACUACUUUCUCCAAUACAUGUACAUUAAUUUUGAGUACCAAAAAUUUUGGAGUACACGACUUGCGUAAUAUAUGCCUGAUGCUCAUAACCUCAACAUGUUAUCUCAGUCAUUGAAGAACAAAUAAAGACUUGAACUUGAA